CGUUUCCGUCAACGUCGCUUUGAACAAGUACAUCACCGCCCUUGUCGCCUACAGGCUGGAAGCCAUCAUCGACCAAGCCAUCGCGCACUGGCAUUAAGUUUGAACAGCAGUACUAGGGAAUCCCGAUACCUGGGGACAGCAGCCACAAAAGCAGGCGACUUGGUCAGAGCCUCCCGCUUCGCAUCACACUCCUGCGCAUCCGAUACUAUGAAGACCCCAUCAACGACGGAUUGAUGGUGGAGCGGGCGCAGAGCUGUAAUCCGAAGGCUGGAGCGCUUGCAGCGCAGUCGGGCGAGCAUGCUGGUAUCUUUCGCGUCCCAGCGUGACUUCCCCUGCCGUGUCGGGCCUAGGGACCAGACGAAUGUCUGAGGACCAAAGUAUGCUCGAGAUCCUGCCUCCUUCCAAACGUCUUGUGCUGACUGAUAACGGGGAGCUACCGUUGAAGGUCAAAGCGCCCGUAGACGUAUUUG